GUACAUAAUUUAGAUGACCCAUAUGAUUUGAGAGUACGUAAUCUUACGUUACCUAAAGAGGCCCUAUGUAUCACCUUCAACCGGAGCAAGAAAACUUGGGGGUCUAACCAGCACAACUCGUUCACCCAAUGUUAGUAAUGUAUUUUCUCAUGUCAGGCCUUCAACUGGAUCCUCACCUUUUCAUCAUCGAUUGAAAAGAAUUACUUUAUCUGAUGAGGAUGAAGAGCAACAAGAUGAAUCUAUCUAUGGCAUAUCUGAAUCAUUUAAGAGAUAUGAACUAAUGACAGAAUUCAUCAAUCUAAAGAAUCCUAAUCAUUGCCCACUUGGAGUAUACGUUUUACCUUCUUCAGAGAAUUUAUACAUUUGGUAUGGUGUGAUUUUUGUACAUCAAGGUUACUAUCAGUCUGGAGCAUUCAAAUUUAGAUUGGCUAUACCUGAGAGCUACCCAGAACAUCCACCUGCGGUCACAUUUAUGAGCGAUAUGUUCCAUCCUUUGGUAGAUGGAGGAGGCAAUUUAUCCAUAUCUCAACAAUUCCCUACUUGGAGACCAUACGAGGAUUAUAUAUUUCACAUACUUCAUUAUAUCAAGAACAUAUUCAAAAAAAAUAUACUAGACAGAUUAAUUGACAAGCACUGCUUCAACAAGGAAGCAUAUCGACUUUAUAGAACAGAUAUUAAAAUAUUUAGUAAGCUUGCACAGCAAUGCGCUCAGCUAUCAAUCACAGAAUCCUAUUUACUUGAUCAUUUCCCAGACGAUAACAUGAUUCGCUUUUCUCCUGUCAGUGAACCAAAGUUUGACGAACUUUGGUCUCAACUUUUAAAGCAGUAAAAGAUGUGGCUCUUUCAUUAUACCCGUAUUCUGUUUACAUUCUUUUUUUUUUUCGGAGAAAUAAACAAUCAAUAAGAGAUAGGAUGUCGUGGCAUUUGAUAAUAUGAAGCUUGUACUGAGAGGGUAAAUGAACCACGAGCCCCAGAAUUGAGACACAUAUAUAAAUUAGUAAAUGGGAUAUGCAUAUAUUCUCAAAUACAUACCAAAACAAAAUGAAAAAGAGGAAUAAAAAAAAAAAACAGAC